AUGAAGAAACUAAAUAUGUUUAUCAAUAGUGGAGGGCCAAUUAUUGAAGGAGAAAAAUUAUUAGGACAAGUAUCUUUAUUACUAACUUCAAAUCUACGUCGUUCAUUGCAAACCUCCAUUGCUAUAGCAGGAGCUACUAAAAAUUGUAAAAUUUACUGUUUAGAAUCUUUGAGAGAAAUAGGAUUUGGAACUAGUGAUAUUCCUUCUAUGACAAAAGCUGAUAUAAUGAGAGAAUUUCCUGAUAUAGAUGUGUCCCUAUUAUCUGAACAAGAAUCAAAAAUUUUAUUACCAGAAUCCAUUGAUAGUGUUGAUAAUAGGAUUCAACAAUUUUUUAACUUUUUAAAAACUGUUGAAAGAAACAAUAAAGUCUUAUUGAUUUCACAUUUAUAUUUUUUAAAGAAAUUGUUUAAAGAAUGGCCAUGGUGGUAUAUAUCAAAUUUGGGUAUUAUUAUGGCUGUAAUUGAUCUAGAUAAGGAAAAAGUUAUUCAACUUAAAAGGAUAUAA